AUGGACGGCAAGUGGAUUGACCUAGAAAUCUUCUACAACGAUAAUCCGACGGAAAUAUUUUCCCAAAUGACAAUGAACAAAGACACUGCACUUCACAUCGUAGCCUCCUGCGGCGGCAGCAGAGGCCUGCUUAAGGAGUUGAUUGAGCUGAUAAAUGACAAAGCACAUUGGAUGUUAAGACAUGCUUUGAAGAUAGAGAACAACGAUGGCAACACCCCUCUUCAUGAGGCUGCUGCAUCUGGAAAUCUAUACGCAGCAAAGCUCUUGGUGGACGAGGAUAAGAGACUUUCCGGUCAGUCUUCUUUUGGCAGUCUAGUAGAGAUUCGGAACCAGUUAGGAGAGAGCCCACUCUACAGGGCUGCUGCUUUCGGUCACACAAACUUGGUCAAAUAUUUUCGGUCCGAAGUCCACGAUAUAGAGCAGCACUUCAAAAGAAAGGAUGGAUUAUCCAUUCUUCAUACCGCAGUCAUUGCCCAAAAUUUUGAUUCAGGCCUUUUUGAUGAUGAUAACAUUGAUCGGGACCCACCAAAUCAAAACCAUGACUCGGAGAGGAGAUCCAAUCAGUCACCAAAUCAAAACGAUGACUUGGAGAGCGGAUCCAAUCAGCCACCAAAUCAAAACUAUGACUUGGACAGAAGAUCCAAUCAGCCUCGCCAAUCUAGUUCUUCAAAGAAGAUUAUGACCGGAAAGGCUAUGAACGGAGACGAACAUGAAGUCACAACGUCCGACGGCAACUUUAGGAUUAGGGUUACUGGGGACGGAGAGAUCAUAGAUAACUUGUUGCAGAACAACCAUGAAAUAGGGUGUCCGGGACUAGAGAUACUACUAGGAUGGCGACCAAUCCGUAAGAUGAUCGAGGAAAUGCAAAAUCAAGUAUUAGUAUCGAAACUGACUGAUUUGCUGGUCCAGAAGGAGUAUUCAUGGGAGGGGGAGGACAGUGAUACAAACAUAGGGAUUACAUUUUGUCCGUUGUAUUCAAACAUACAGGUGGAAGAAGAUUCUGAUAAUUGUGGUUGUGACGACAGAGGAGUGUUUACCCGUUUUAGGCCCAAACAAGGGGAAACCAGUAAAUCUACUUACAAGUAUAACCCAUUGCUUACAGCAACAUGUACCGGAAUAUUACAAAUUGUGAAAAAGAUUAUCAACUUUCAGCCUCAAGUGAUUGAGGCGCGUGAUAUUGAAACUGAAGAAAACAUUUUGCAUAUGGCCAUUAAGCAUCGCCAGUUGGCCAUCUUCAACUUUGUAAAAAAGAAGAAAACAAUAACGUCAAGGUUGGCUUACAGGAUUGAUAGUGAUGGGAACAGCAUAUUGCACCACGCUGCAGAUAUGAAGUUUUACACCGUAGACACUCAACGCGUAAGUGGUCCUGCAUUUGAAUUGCAAGAAGAAUUGUAUUGGAUGACGCGCGUGGAAAAGAUUUUGCCACGUCAUUACGCCGUGCACCAGAACAAUCAGGGCCUGACAGCGCAGAAGCUCUUCGAGAAUGAGCAUGCAAAGCUUCUUAAUUUGGCAAAAUCAUGGAUAAAAGAGACAGCUCAGUCGUGCUCGACCGUGGCAGCUUUGGUGGCCACCGUAGCCUAUGCAGCUGCCUUUACGGCUCCCGGGGGUAAUGAUGACGACGGGGUUCCUGUUCUCAGGCAUUCUCCUUUCUUUGUCACAUUCACCGUUUCGGACACUAUCUCGCUCAUCUUCUCAUUGACUUCUUUGUGCACGUUUCUCUCUAUCUUAACAUCCCCGUUUGAGUACAAAAACUUUCACCGUUCUCUUCCCUUCAGGCUGCAUUUAGGAUUCGCCCUUCUCUUCUUAUCGUUGGUAGCCACCAUGCUCACCUUCACUGCUACUGUUGUGCUCUUGAUUCAUCAUGAAAAGAUGUGGACAACGUCCCUCAUUUAUGUGGUUGCCCUUCUUCCUGUCUCUGUGAUUGGGCUUUCGCAGUUUCCUUUAUGUCGCCAAUGCCCAACUGAUCCAGUGAAUUGUGGAAUGCUUUACUCUGAUGUCUGGGGACCUUCACCUAUCACUGCUCCUUCUGGUGUUCGAUGGUUUGUCACGUUCAUAGAUGAUUGUACACGGAUGACAUGGCUUUAUUUGCUGAAGAAUAAAAACGAAGUGUUUUCCCGGUUUCAGUCCUUCCACAAACAAAUGAAAACUCAGUUUAAUACUCAAAUCCAGAUUCUUUGCUCCGACAAUGGUGGAGAAUUUGUCAAUCAUGACUUUCAGACUUACUUCCAACAACAUCGAAUUAUCCAUGAGAGGACUUGUCCUCAGACACCGUUACAAAAUGGUGUUGCUGAACGAAAGAAUCGACAUCUUCUUGAAACCGCUCGAGCACUUUUGAUUGGCGCUCAUGUUCCUCGCCAUCACUGGGAUGAUGCUAUUGUCACUGCAGUUCACCUAAUCAACCGCAUGCCUUCUGGUGUAUUGACCUUUAAAACUCCCUUACAGGUGCUUACGCAACAUAGACCUCUGCCUUCUGUUUUGGUACUCACACCCCGAAUCUUUGGAUGUGUGGCUUUCGUUCAUCUCCACAAAAAUCAACGUAGCAAACUUGAUCCCUGUGCGCUUCGUUGUGUUUUUGUGGGUUAUGCCACUCAUCAGAAAGGCUACAGUUGUUAUCACCCUCCUACCCGACGUACAUAUGUCACUUUGGAUGUGACCUUUCUGGAAUCUGAGUUGUUCUUCCAUGACCCAUCAUCCAAUUCUACGCUUCAGGGGGAGAUACGAAGUGAAGAGCAGAAUUGGAGCAACUUGGAAAACGAAGAAAUUCUCCUAUGUAUAGAAAUGAUUGAUCAUCCUGAGUCUGGAGCACAAGAUUACUCUAUGCCGAAAAGCGACCAAUCGCCCAUUCAUAGCGAUCAAUUACCUGACCCACCUGAUCCAUACGAAGAUAUUUCUGAUUCAAGUCAAGCAUUGUAUGGGUUGAAACAGUCACCGCGUGCAUGGUUUGGACGGUUCACCAUGGCAAUGAAGAACAAUGGUUUCAAACAGUGCAACUCCGAUCAUACUCUGCUCUUGAAACAUCGGAAAGGAAAGGAAAUAUCACAGCUACAAGACUAUCUGGCUACAGAGUUUGAAAUGAAGGAUAUAGGUGGACUCAAGUAUUUCUUGGGAAUUGAGGUGGCUCGAUCGCAGCAAGGCAUAUUUCUCUCUCAAAGGAAAUAUGUCUUGGACUUGUUGACAGACACAGGAAUGCUAGAUUGCAAACCUGCGGACACUCCUAUUGUUCAUAAUCAUCAUCUUGGAGAAUAUCCGGAUCAAGUUUCAACUAACAAAGAAAGAUACCAAAGAUAUUUGAAGUCUGCACCUGGAAAAGGACUUAUGUUCUCAAAGCAUAGUCAUCUAAAUAUUGAUGGUUAUUCAGAUGCAGAUUGGGCAGGUAAUGUAACAGAUAGAAAAUCCACAUCGGGUUACUUCACAUUCGUGGGAGGUAAUUUGGUGACAUGGAGGAGCAAGAAACAGAAUGUAGUAGCUUUAUCCAGUGCAGAAGCCGAGUUCAGAGGCAUGACUAAAGGGAUUUGUGAACUUCUUUGGUUAAGAAAAUUGCUUACUGAACUUGGGUAUAAACCUACAUCUACAAUGAAUCUCUUUUGUGACAACAAGGCUGCUAUAGCCAUUGCACAAAAUCCGGUUCAGCAUGAUCGUACUAAACAUGUUGAGGUGGAUCGACACUUCAUCAAACAGAAGCUUGAGGCUAAAGUGUUUCAGUUUCCUUUUGUGAAAUCCGAGGAUCAAUUGGUGGAUAUUUUGACAAAGGCAAUUUCCAGUAAAGCAUUCCACAAUUCACUGGAUCAGUUGGGCAUUGGAGACAUCUAUGCACCAACGUGA